AAUGCCGAAUGGCUGAGCCGCUCGCUCUGCUCAUUCCGGUGGGAGCCGCAGACAGACAUAUUCAGGGACGGAGGAACAGGGGGACCCCUCCCUGGCAAGAGAGCGGCACCCUGCACACAGCGCCAUGGUGUCAUGGAUCAUCUCCAGGCUAGUUGUGAUUAUAUUUGGCACUCUUUACCCUGCGUAUUAUUCUUACAAAGCUGUAAAAUCAAAGGAUAUUAAAGAAUAUGUCAAAUGGAUGAUGUACUGGAUCAUAUUUGCACUCUUCACAACAGCCGAGACUUUCACAGAUCUUUUUCUUUGCUGGUUUCCAUUCUAUUAUGAACUGAAAAUAGCUUUUGUAGCUUGGUUGCUGUCUCCGUACACAAAAGGCUCCAGCCUCCUGUAUAGAAAAUUUGUACACCCAACACUGUCUUCAAAAGAAAAGGAAAUUGAUGACUGCCUCGUCCAAGCGAAGGAUCGGAGCUACGAUGCCCUGGUGCACUUUGGGAAGCGGGGACUGAAUGUUGCAGCAACGGCAGCCGUGAUGGCGGCUUCCAAGGGACAAGGAGCUCUGUCUGAGAGACUCAGGAGCUUUAGCAUGCAGGAUCUCUCAACCAUUCGAGGAGACAGCAGCAGUCCUGUAUCUCCUCCCGUCACUGUACGAACAAGCAGCAAACAGAGCAAGCCCAAAACAUCCAGAAGUGCAUCAGAAAGCACGGGCAGCUCAGUUUGCUCAUGUUGUUCGGUGUGCCGAAUCCUCAGAGUGGUUGAGGUAGACAUGGAUGAUGCGUGUGAAAAGCCUCGUGAGGCAAACUGUGAAACAAAAGACUUAGUGUUCUCAGAUGAUGAAGAGCAUGAUUUAUUGGAUCACAUGGUCAAGAACAGAAGGCUCAAAAAGAAGGAACAAGUUCUUGAGGCACCGCCUAGGCCCCUUAGACCUCGCUUCAGGAAGAAAAGUACCUCGACCUCUACCACUGAAACCAUGUGAGUGCGAUGAGCCAAUAGCACCAAGAUCCACAGAAUGUCUCUCUUCUGCCUUAAAGAGCUACUUGCUAAUUAUGUAGAAAAACAGCAGUGAGAUGGAUGCGAUUUGAUGUGCAGCACUGCAGACAUGGCCUUUCUCUCUUCCCUUAAGUUACAUGUUACUUGCAUUUUCCCAUAACAUGUUAGAACACUCUCACAGGUGGUAACAGUGUCAGAGUCCCCCUGUUUCAUUUGCAGAAUAUACAACCACUCCAGCUAACCCUGUCAGGCUGUAUAUUUGCAAUUAUUAGUUGUGUCUGCAUAGUUUUAGCUUGUGAAUGCAAACAAACAAAAAAAUACUCAAUAGAUCUCAAUGAUACUUUGACUAAUGUAUCUAUUUAUGGCUUUAUCCUUAACGAAGUGGACUUGCAGGAGCCAUAGAUUUUUCUCCCUACCCUUCCUCCAUCUUAUAACAAGACUGUGACUGACGUGAGAUAUUUUGAAUUCUUUCUACUGUACAGAAUGUCUGAGACUUAUUAGCAAAAGUUGAGCUGCAACUCCAUUUCUUUUUCUGCAAGUAAAUUAUGUGAACUCCAGUCAUUGUGCUGAAAAUAUAGAGAAAACAACUUAGAGAUGAUGAGAAAGAGAGAUGUACAAGAAAAUAAACUGAUUUCACAAAAUAAAGUAGGGGAGUCUUAAUUUUGAUACUCCUGAGCCAGAAGAAGAGUGAUAUAUUUUGUAGAAAAUGAAAGAAUUAAUCUUAUAACUUUUGACCAACAUUUUACUGGCAGUUCUACAAUAUAUGCAAGCCAUGUUUGUAAUAACUGCUACAAUGUUAACCAGAAUCACAUUAGCCAUUGAUUUCAUAGGGCAAAAUUCACCUUCCUCAUCUGCAUGUAUGAGCUCACUUCAGAUGUUUUGUUUUACUGGAGUGGAUGUGGGAAUUGCACUCCCAUAGCCAGAGAAGAACAUUGGAAUUGAGCUCUUCCAUGUGGCUUGGAGAGAAUUUUGUCAGUAUGUGGAUUCUGGUUUAAACCAUGAGACUCUGUAGUUUGGCUGGUGCAUUGGUAUCCAUAUAUAAAUGCUAAAUACAAAAGAAGAGGAAGAAGUUGUAGGAUAAGUGUAUUUGUGCUUAAAGUUGGUGUCUUCUGUAAAUGUAAAGCAUGUGAAAUUCAUAAAUGAGUUAAUUAUGUGGCCCUUUGUGUUUGCUCUUGGCCCUCUCCCAUAGACUAGAAAAACUUUUAGAAUCAUGUGACAUGAUUGCCAUUGAUAACUGAUCAAUAAACAGACUUGAUUAUGAAUAAUAUUGUUAACCUAGUUCAGGUACAGAAGUGGCCCAGCAUGCCAAUGACUGGUUAGAGUGCACCAGGCUCAGAGAUAAGCAUAUCCAACGUGGCCUUUGUUAAAUAUUAUCUGCCGGAUAGGCUUCUAAAUCUCAGCCUUCUUGCUAACUCAUCUUGAGGUAAUUCUGAAGCUUCCUUAAAUGGUUUGAGAAGUAAAAAUUACUGCUGUCCCCUCCCCACAAAGAUUUGUAUCAGUUUGGCUAGUAGGAAGAAAGGGCAAACAGACAUUUCUUGUGAUUGCCACAAUAUUUGGACCUGUUAUUGGAAAAUCUGAUUUCCCUUCUAAGCAUUGAGUAGACUGUGUUUUGUGAAGACAAUAUGCUAAAAAAAAAAAGUGUUCUAGAUGGCAGUUGAAAAAUAUUCCGUCGUUAGAACACACUCAGCAAAAGCUUUGAGUAGCUAAGCUUAUGUAUUUAAGUUAAGCAGCUCUAGAGUCAAUUUGAUUUUUCAACAAUUAAAAAAAAAAAAAAAGGAACUUUGCUUGAAGUGUUAGUUAAAAUUAAAAUCCUGUUGCAAGCAAGCUUCAUUUUCAGUGCUACGCAAUAGGGUGCCAUAAGACAAAACAAAAGCUGACAAGCUUGCACUCAAAUUAUGCCAAAAAUAAAAAUAUAUAGCUGCAUAACGUUUGAUGACUUCUACUCUCAUACACACUGUAUUAAUUCAUCCUCACUAAAGUUAUUAAAUGUCUGAUCUGCUGUUUUACUGUAAACUUGACUGUUUCGAUUUUCUUAAAUGCUGAGGUGAAACUGUUGACAAGGGAGUUGCCUUAUCUCUCGAAGACAUUCACUGGAAAAAAAAAUCUUUUCAUAUCGCUGGCAAAAAUGUGUUAUCAACUGAGCUGUGUAUUUGUGUAUAGACUGACAAGAAAUGUGAAUGCCUAAACAUGUACACUGAGUGGUACAGUGUUCUGUACACAGGAUAGAACAAUCACUUGCUUUGAAUUCAGUGUAUUACAGACACAGGUUGUUUACAAAUGCUUCCUCUAAAGGUCUGUCAUUUUAACAUUCAGAUACAUAUGUUUAUUUGGGAUCCACAUCAGCUGUAUGUUCUUUGGUCCUGACUCUUCUCUCAGGCAUUGUCUCCCCUUGGGAAUAACCUCAGUUCAACAAUUGGUGUUGCUACACAUGGGCUGACCACUAGCAGUAGACAAAGGCAAACCUGGGUUUGUGUCAAUUGAACUAAUCAGAAUAUCACAUGCUAGCUGGCCCUUUAAGGGGAAUGGGGCCCCAGCCCCUCCUCUGACUAAUCAGUUGCCACCCAGCUGAAGCAGUAAGAUCAAGGAGCAGGUAGCUUGAAGAUAACCUGGUUCUCAUCAAUAACAAGAGCUCAUAUUGGGGGCAAGGCCCCCUCCAGCCUCAGUCUUCAGCUCUGGGGAAAGAACUCAGUGUAUAUGACUCUCAGGUGGCUGUAAGCCCAUAUGGAGUAGUUAGGCCCCUGCAAAAGCCCCCAGCUCAGGCAAUGAUAUGUUGAAUGUGUUAUUUUGAAGA